AUGAUUUGGCACUUACUUAAUUUAAAUGUUUUAAGUACAGAUGAACAUACAUCAGAUGUAUCUGUAGUAACGUUUGAUAUACAAUCUAAUGAAGAAACCAUAGCAACAACAGAUUUCUUUGAAGAUAAUGAUUCUGAUGUAUUAUCUCAAAAUGUAUCUGAAAAUGAUGAAGGAAUUUCUAAUAAAAGAAAACUUACUACUGCAGAAGAAGAUCAAUCUUCUGAAAGUCAUAAGCGUACUAAAUUAUUUAAAAAUUUACCUUUUAAAAAAAGAUAUAUAAAAAUAUAUGAAGUUAGUUAUUUUAAAGGUAUCAAAAUGGAAGAUAUUAAGACUUUAUCUGAUUGUAUUUUAAAAUUAACUAGUGAUGAUUAUGAUAUGAAUGAUUGGAACAUCAUUUACAAGAUUAUUUAUGGUGAGGAAAAGGAUAUUAGUUUAUUACCAAGCAAAAAAUAUUCGUGUAUUUUUAAAGAUGAUUAUCACAACGAUAAAUUUUAUAAGGAAAAAAUGAAGAAAUAUGAUCCAUUUUUAACUUCAAAUAAAAUUCAAAAAAUGAGUUUUUAUGAAUAUUCCUUGUUUAAAAUAAUUAGAAAAGUUGUAAAUAAAUAUCAUUUGGAUGGUUUUAAAUAUAAUUUAGAUAACAUUAACUGUUUUAUUUACAGUUAA